CUCGCUUUUUCCCCCUUCUCCCGCAGGCCUGGCACCUCCCCACCGACACACACCCAACAUCUUCUCCUACCCAGCAGACAGAUCUCGGCGACCAAAGUCCUUGACCAAAGGCACCUACCACCCUGCGACAACCGUCUCCCAACCGGCGCGCCGGAGCAGAUUACACCAUCUUGAUACUGGAUUCAUUCAUCUCUACACACAGCAUCAACUUGGACUGUUGACCUGCCGCACGGUCAACAAACAAAAAAUAACAUUGCACCCGCGGAUUCCGGCGACUGGCAGGCUUUGCCAAACCCCCCAGAAAGAGGGAAAGAAAAAAAAAUAGAAGCCACAAAACCACCCGCGCUCAACCACCUCGCUGGCUGCCCUUCCCGCCGCCGACCUUGCUGCCGGCAAUUUUCCCUUUUAGAUUUUUUUUUUCUCCCGCAUCGUCCCUCGCAACCGUCAUUUUCCCAUCAAGCCUACCCCGACAAGCCCAUCUCUCCGGGCUACAGGCGACAAAGGCCCUCUGGCCGCAACCAUACCCACCCGACGCUGACAAACGAGCUGCCGAGAAAUUUUUCGACGCGACAAGUUUGUUCUGUAAACACUGCCCACCGAGCCCCCAAGAGCGUUAAUCCAGGAGCCCACUCGCCGCCACCGACGCCGCGAAAGUCGCCCCCCACCAACCAGCUGGCAGCAGCAAUUUCGACGACGCAAUCCAAAGCGACUCCCGCCAGCGCAAAUCGACACAUCUCCAUCGGCAAAUCUUGCGGCAUCAUCGUGGCAUCCAUUCCAUAUACAUUGAGCUGCUCCUUUUGCCCACGCGAGCGCCGUCUGAGUUGUUCCCGGAGGUCCAUCGUCUCGUCGCGAGCGGCUGGCCGGUAGAGAGAGUCCCGCCCCCUUCCCAGACCCCGCUCCGAGGCUGCCAUCAAGAAGGGUUCGCCAGCGACUUCAUCUCGUCUCGCCCACCACAACCCGCCAGCUCCGCGGCAGGCGCCAAAGACAAAGAUGGCGGAUCAGCACGACGUUGAUCUCGACUCCAUCAUCGACCGACUGCUCGAGGUCCGGGGUAGUCGUCCCGGAAAGCAGGUCCAGCUGCUCGAGGCCGAGAUCAGAUACCUCUGCACUAAGGCUCGAGAGAUCUUCAUCUCACAGCCCAUCCUACUUGAACUCGAAGCUCCUAUUAAGAUUUGUGGUGAUAUACAUGGGCAGUACUACGACCUGCUCCGGCUCUUCGAAUAUGGCGGUUUCCCUCCCGAGGCCAACUACCUCUUCCUUGGCGACUAUGUCGACCGAGGCAAGCAGUCGCUCGAGACCAUCUGCCUUCUUCUCGCCUACAAGAUCAAGUACCCGGAAAAUUUCUUCAUCCUUCGAGGAAACCACGAAUGCGCGUCGAUCAACCGUAUCUACGGUUUUUACGACGAAUGCAAACGCCGGUAUAACAUCAAGCUCUGGAAGACGUUCACCGACUGCUUCAACUGCCUACCCAUCGCUGCCAUCAUCGACGAAAAGAUCUUCACAAUGCACGGUGGCCUGAGCCCCGACCUGAAUUCCAUGGAGCAGAUCCGCCGAGUCAUGCGCCCAACUGACAUUCCCGACUGCGGCCUGCUCUGCGACCUUCUGUGGUCUGAUCCCGAUAAGGACAUCACUGGCUGGAGCGAGAACGAUCGCGGAGUGUCCUUCACAUUUGGCCCUGACGUGGUCUCGCGCUUCCUCCAGAAGCACGACAUGGAUCUGAUCUGCCGCGCCCACCAAGUGGUCGAGGAUGGCUACGAAUUCUUCUCCAAACGCCAACUGGUCACCCUGUUCAGUGCACCCAACUACUGUGGAGAGUUCGACAAUGCCGGUGCUAUGAUGUCGGUCGACGAGAGCUUGCUGUGCUCCUUCCAGAUCCUCAAGCCAGCUGAGAAGAAACAAAAGUUCGGACGCGGCCGCUAGUUUCUUCUCGAUCGCCACCACCGAGGACCCCAUCUGCUCUCUGUCUCUCCCCCCCAAGCGGCUAGGCGCUGUGUCGCAUUUGCCUUGUGAAGUUUCUACUUCGUAUUCUUCUUUUUUGCCUCGUCUGCUUAAAAUCAUAUUUUGUUUCCUUUUUUUUUCUUCCCCCUCUUUGAGACUCUUUUUGCAACGGCCCUGGUUUCACCGCCGGUCCCGAUCAGCCACCACCGACACGCACCGUCGAUUCUAAUCAUAGCAGUCGGCCAUUGCCCUCAUGGCACCGCUGCUCUGGGCUCUUGCUGCAGCAAGAAAAGACGGGAUUAUGCACACAACUUGUUGGAAUCAAACGAACUUUGACGAGAGCUUUCCAUUGGGCAGGCAUGGUUGUCGAUGUGUUGUGGUUGGCACGCAUGGCCAAUCCUUGAUCAACGGGGGAAUAUAGAUAACGAUCCUACUUUGACCAACUAUGACCUUUAUGAUGACUGUCGCCUGGACCCUGUUAAGCAGGGGGCAUU